AUUUCGACAAAUCUUGAGCGAUCACCAUGGAGCAUAGUCUCUGUGCGUUGUUUCGUGACCGGAUCAAAUCGUGAGAUCUCCCCGGAGAGGCGGUACAGCUCAAUCUGUCCAUUGUUGAAAUAUCGGAUGCCGCAUCCAUUGACAAGGGUAAUCACUGUGGCGCCCAUUACUCCAAAGUAAUUAAUCUCCACAACACGAUCACAGCUCAGCCAACGAAUGUCAGAAUUACUGUACUCGUACAAAUCACAACCGCAUUCAGUAGUCGUUACUUUUGUCCAGUCUCCUAUUCCAUUCCUGAACAAACGACAGGGCCCGAAAAAAGCAGUUCCCUCUUCAACCAGCUCCUGAAAAGAAAGUGGGUAACUUUGCUGAACUGUGCCUAA